ACCACGCGCUGGCUCAGCCGUUGAAAGCGACGGCAGGAGUGUAGAAAACCAGUAGCAGUCCCAGGAAGGUUUUAGCACUGCUCUGGAAUCGGGGUGGAUGUGCUGAGAUUGGAAAUUCUCCCACACUCGCGUCGUAGUGCCAGUGUUGUAUUGUUCUAUGUCAGCCCCCCUUUAGCAAGGGUGUGUUUGUUUAUCUAGCGCCCGAAGUGUGUUAACAUACUCGUGUGUAGUUGCAGAUAUUAAACGUUUAUUUCAUAUCUCUGGAUUUAUAUAGCAGCUAAAACUCAACAGUAAUUCAUUAAUAUUGGCCAUGUGAUUAAAGUGUCCAAAUUUUUCAUCUGUUGAAAUACAACAUCACGGAAACUUCAACCCUUCAUCAACAUUUCCUCGCAUUAAAACACGGAUGUUGUUAGUUCCUUGUUCGUCACGUAUCUCAUGCUCCAAGAAUAAACCUAGAAAAUUGACCUCUCAUCCACGGUCCUAGUGAUACCAUCUCGCCGGUGAAAUCUAAAUCCUAAACCCCGGAGUCAACUGCCGAAUCUAAAGACACAAUGUCCAACACAUACGACCCCAAUAUAGACAGCAAAGAACCGUUUAUUCAGAAGAACUUCAACAGCGCUGGAAGCUCAAGUACCGCGUUCAACCCCAACGCCAACGCCAACAACGGUAACAAUAACCUUCACAGUAACAGCGUGGCGAACGGCCACACGAAAAACAAUAUGGAAAUUGAGUACCAGAAUCUGCUGAGCACAGUCGCCAAACUCCGAACGUGGUUGUUCGCUAUCACUGGAGUUGCCAUCGCCGGUUUCGUUAUUCUAAUCAUCGUCGUUACGUGUUUGUACGCGACCUUGAACUAUGAACUUGCUCACCACAAUCACAAGCCGAAGAUUGGGGAGCAGAUCUCGAGCAUGUUGGAGAGGGAGGAGCUGUGUUUGCCGUGUAAUGACUUCCGGUUGGGCCCGAGUCAGCAGGAGAAGGACAUGCUGACGAGGUUCACCCAGAAGGACACGGAGACUGGGCUAAGCUGCUGUGUGGAUACCCCUAUGGAGCUCAUUGAUCUACUCAAACUGUACAUAGAGAAAAAAUUCAGAUCUGAGGCAGCAAAAGGUCUCGUAAAUAUAUGGCCGAGGUCAAACAGCUCCGAACCAAAAGUUGCAGCCCAUCUUAUGAUGACCAGCCAGGAUUUGAGUCAAGUUUCUCAAAUCUAUGGCAGACAGUACACCAUCCAAAAGUGGGAGCACAACCAGGAUCUGUCCUUCACGACAAACGUUAACUACAGACAUGGCCGUUUGGUCAUCCCAGAGGAUGGCUAUUACUACGUGUACAGCCAAAUCUCCUUCAUGGAGCUGUAUAGCGCCCAUGAGAGCGACGGCUCUGGUAGAGGUGGCUCCGAGUACCCGAGCCUGUCCCACUACAUUUACCGCUACAACAUCCUGUACGACCAGGGCGGUGAAGAGAAACUGAUCCAGAACUCCAUCACCAAGUGCUGGGGUCAGAGCAAGACCUUCGGGGAGUACACCAGCAACUUGGGCGCCGUCCUGCAGCUCAGGAACUCUGACGAGAUCUUCGUCAAGGUCUCAAACCUCUCGCUUGUCUCCAUAGACUCCAAGAUGAGCUUCUUUGGUUUGUUCAAGAUCUGAGUGGGUGGACCCGGUUUGGUUGGUUAACAUGUUGAGAUAUCGAUAAAAAGUUCUGCGUAAAUGAAAAGUUUGAUACGUUUAAGGGAUGGAUGUAUAUGAAACUGUUAUUUUAAUUUAAAAUGUUUGACUAUUACCAAACUGAUUCCAUUAUAUAUAUAUAUAUAUAUAUAUAUAUAUAUAUAUAUAUAUAUAUAUAUAUAUAUAUAUACAUAUAUAAUCUCCCUGCAUGCGCCAAUACUACAGGGCAAGUUGCGCCGAUAUAAAUUAUGUAACAGAUUUUGUGUUUUGUCUAAAUUAUUGAAAAGUGGAAAACGCUUUCAAGAGAAUGUGAAAAUAAUUGAGUGGGCUUUUUUGCGGCUUUUGAAUCGAAUGGUUGAAAGACAGUUUAAAUUCUAUAUAUGCAUAUACAUUAAGAUUAUGAGACUCAUAUGGUUUUUGAAACACCUAUUUGACCGCAAUAGAAAGCAUACGUUUGUUGCGCAAAAGUUGGAAUGAAUGUAUGCAUGAAUAAAGUGAUGCAUUUUAUCUUUAAAUGUGAAUUGAAUAAUACGAAAUGUAAUUUGACAGCAGAAUUUCGCUAAAUAUGAAAUAGUUUUUGAUUAAAAUUAAAAAAACAAUGAAAUUAAAUGUAUGUAUGCAAAUAAAUACAGGUUUUUGCAACAGUUAUUUACAUUAAAUUAAAAUCAUAACAUUAAACAUUUAUAA